CUCAACUUUUCUAUAAAACUCCCAUUUUUACCUUAAUCCUCGAAAUGGGCUCUGUAUCUACAGAACUGUUUUUCAAUGAAGCAGAUUUUCGCAUCAUUAUACCCAAUCUAACUACAGACGAAAAGGAGCAAAUAGAAUCUGCGGCCAUCUUAGAAGCCCAACCGCGUCAAUUUGCCUUCUAUGACGAGCAUUUGCAAGUAUAUCUAUUAGCCUGUCUCUCUCAACAAAUCACAGGCACUGGUGAUGAAGUCAAGGAAGCCGUUCACUCUUUUUACAGUCAAUUAGACGUCACCGUAGAUGCCACAUUCGUAGAUAAUGUACCCAACCUUCAAUCGACAGGCUUGUAUAGAUCUAAUUCAGUACCUACUCAGUCACCCAACAUAGGAUCUGCUUCACCAAAGAUUAGUGCCAGUCAACCGCACUACCAACAUCAACGUAGAAGCGUUUUGAACGAUGUAUCAACACCUUUUUUCACUCAGGCACACAAUAGAAAUAGUAAAGAUUCCAUGAUUCUUUUCGAGAACGACAACAACUAUUGCUGUCUUUACCGGAUGCUUAUUCCAAUUGUUUAUGCAAAAGCAAAAUCCACAAAUCCAAGUCUAUCUAUAAAUUAUACUCUUCAAUAUAGACCGCAGUCGACGAAGCGAGCUAGCUGUUUGAUGGAUAACAAAACGACAGAUGAUUCAGAAUAUGAUACAAAUCUAUUCGAAACUAUCAAUUUAUUGAGUGGAUUAGAGGAUGAUCCAGUCUUUUCAAAUCAAAACUAUCCUUUACAGCGCUUUGUUAUAGAUGGUCAACAACGGCCACUCAGUGCAGACUCGUCAUGGGCAUCUGUUCAAAAUUCUAACCUCAAUGCGAAUUCUCCUACAGCUACCAAUCAAUUAUCACUUAAACGGAAUAUUAGAGAGAACUUACCCAUUCGUUCAGGUCUCGUCGUUAAAAUGCGGACAACCAACGCAGCAGUAACUGAUAAAAUGGUAAUGAUGUCUGUCGAGCUGGAAAAUCCUGCUGAUAUAGGUUGCGAAUUUUUAAUUGAUGAAGUAGAUGUGCAGAUAUCUAAUGCAGUUGUUACAACAGCCUUCCAACAAACCGAAGAGCAAAGCAAGUUUCCUAUCUUCCUAAAUAAAUCAGAUUUGAUGGUCUUUGUAUAUAAUAUUACACUAUUAGAAGAUGGUUCGGUUAAGCCACCUACCCAACAACGUAUAUUUCCAUCGCGCCGGUCUUAUCAACAGCAACAGCAACAACCACAACAGCUUCCCAAUGAUGAGAAACCCCGACCUCAAAGAGUCUCUAUACAAGUAGUCGCUUGUCCAAUUAUCGACGGCAAAAAAGCCUUACCAAUGCGAUCAAAAUGGAAUACGAUGCUAGAUGUCUCUGGACGACAUUUUCAUCAACAGCAAAGGCGUGAUCUUGACCCUUUACAGGAAACAAAAUCAUCUAAUUUGACAAGGUCGCAGGAUUUGAACAGUGUUAGCAGUACAAGCCCCGCUAUUUAUUCGCCAGGUGCAAGGUCUAUCGUAGGGAGCCCAGUAGGGCUUGGUAACCAACAUAUGGGUGCAUCUUUGGAAACAGUAUUCGGCUCAAGAAAUCCAUUACCAAACCAGCAACCUAUAGGAGUUAUUCCGGGAUCACCAGCGUCUGUCUCUAAUAAUUCCGAUACCCAAUUGAUGAGGGAAAGGGCGGAUGGUAUCGUCGUAUCAUUCACUGUACCGGACUCUAUUCGAGUGGGUAAAACCUUCCCUUUACACAUAUUUAUUGUCAAUCGAUCAAAGCAUACUCGACGUUUCCAAAUUGUGAUACCCAAUCGUAAGAGACAACCUGCUAAUAUACAAGGCCAUAUUAUGAAGUCAACUUUACCGCCAUUACCUUUGGAGAAGUUACCCAUAGACCCAUAUAUGUCUGAGUCAGGAUUCCUAAAACAGUAUUUCGAAAACGAAACACAUGAAGCAGAUAUUAUCUGUUUAGAGAAUAAUGUGAGAUUAAGUCCACUUGGUCCUUCUACUUCGCAAAGUGUAGAUAUACAAUUUAUUGCUGUCAAAGACAAAUUGCACACAAUUGACUUGAUCCAAUUGGUCGAUCUAGAUACUGGUUUUGUAACCAACCUUCGUCAGGUUUUGGAGGUUUAUGUAGAGCCAUAAAUCAAUAAUUCAAAGUAGAAACGGGGCACUCAGCUGCAUAAUUUUUCUACAUCAUUGAACAAUUAGGCACCUGAUUUUUGUGGUCGCUUGUGUACCUUUUUUUUUUAACUUUGGUUA